GGGGCAGGCUCGGCCCGGAGCGCGGCGGCGGCAGCAGGGAGCCCGACGCGCUGCGGAGCCCCCAGGAGCCGCGUCCCAGCAGCUCCCCGUGUCGGCACGCGGCCGCGCAUCCCUGAGACACCAUGAUCUCAAACACAGGCCUCCAGGGCUGCUGCCUGCUGGUGCUGCUCUGCCUCCUCCCGUCGCCGUGGGUGCGGGCUGGCGGGGACACCGCGACCCCACCAGCGCUCUCCGCAGCCUCCUUCCUCCAGGACCUCCUGCAGCGGUACGGCGAGAGCGAAACCCUGAGCCUGAAGCAGCUCAAGGCCCUGUUGAACCACCUCAAUGUGGGAGUGGGACAUGCCAACGUCUCCCAGCCGCCGCAACAGCGUGCUAACCUCUCCCGGUGCUUCAGCUCUGUGGAGCUUUUUGCCAUCCACAACCUGAGCGAGGGCUCCGUGGUAGGGCACAGUGAGUUCAGAGAGUUUUGCCCCACCAUCCUGCAGCAGCUGGAGUCGAGGGCGUGCACCUCGAAGAACCUGGGGAAUGAGAAGAAGGAGCAGACGGAGGAGAACAAGCCCAGCUCAGCUGAAGUCUGGGGUUACGGUUUCCUCUGCGUGACCGUCAUCUCCCUCUGCUCCCUGGUGGGGGCCAGCGUGGUGCCCUUCAUGAAGAAGACCUUUUACAAGCGGCUGCUCCUCUACUUCAUAGCUCUGGCGAUUGGAACUCUCUACUCCAACGCCCUCUUCCAGCUCAUUCCCGAGGCCUUUGGAUUCAACCCUCAAGAAGACCAUUAUGUUUCCAAGUCUGCUGUGGUGUUUGGGGGCUUCUACCUUUUCUUUUUCACAGAGAAGAUCCUCAAGAUGCUCCUGAAACAGAAGGACCAGCAUCACCAUGGACACAGCCACUACGGCCCUGAAGCACGACCUUCCAAGAAGGACCAGGAGGAGGGUGUCACUGAGAAGCUGCAGAAUGGGGACCUGGACCACAUGAUCCCUCACAUAACUGGCGAGCUGGAGUGCAAGACCCCCUCUGGGGAUGAGAAGGUUGUCGUGGGCUCUCUGUCUGUCCAGGACCUGCAGGCCUCCCAGAGCGCGUGCUACUGGCUGAAGGAGGUGCGGUACUCCGACAUCGGCACGCUAGCGUGGAUGAUCACCUUGAGCGACGGCCUCCACAACUUCAUCGACGGGCUGGCAAUUGGGGCAUCCUUCACAGUCUCUGUCUUCCAAGGGAUCAGCACCUCCGUGGCCAUCCUCUGUGAGGAGUUCCCGCAUGAACUGGGGGACUUUGUCAUCCUGCUCAAUGCCGGGAUGACCAUCCGCCAGGCACUCUUCUUCAACUUCAUCUCAGCCUGCUGCUGCUACGUGGGGCUGGCCUUUGGGAUCGUGGCCGGCAGCCACUUCUCUGCCAACUGGAUCUUUGCUCUGGCCGGAGGGAUGUUUCUGUACAUUGCACUGGCUGAUAUGUUCCCCGAAAUGAAUGAGGUCAGCCGGGAUGAUGAGCAGAACGGCAGCGCAUUGAUCACCUUUGCCAUCCAGAACGCAGGGCUGCUGACGGGGUUCACCAUCAUGGUACUGCUCACCAUGUACUCUGGCCAGAUCAAGAUAGGGUAGGACCAGCCUGCCUCGGAGACCUGUAUCCUGUUUCUCCGUUUUUUUUUUCUUUCUUUUUUUUUUUUUUUUUUGAUGGGGGGGAGGGAGUUUUCUUUUUUUCUUUCCUGCUGCAAGCAUAUGACGGUACCUUUGCGGGCACUGACAGCACAAAGCACUACAGAAGAAGAGGCAUUGCUUUUAAAACUAUUCCAUAGACUUCACACUAUUUUGAUUCAAGGGCAAGGAGGGGAGGGCUUAAUCCCCUUUGCCCUAGGACUGAACUGACCAGAGGAUCUCUUUCCAGUGUCAUAUCCUUUCCCUCCUCUCCUCACGUCUCCUGGGAAGGAUGGAGUCCUCUAGCCUUAUUUUUGGAGCGGUCUGAUGGGACAUGAUGUUCUCCUGGCCUCUUUGCAGAGGGUGAGGAGGAUGAGGGCUGCGAGGUACAGGGCUAGCGCUGGACGCAAGAUGCCUCUGCCUACUCAUCUACCAGGAAAUGGAUGCACAGGGUGUGAAAAGUACCACCGCAAAGAAGGGGAACGGAGAGCUGCCGUGUUCCCAGGCAUCAUGCAGGGAGCUGGUGUUUCUCUCCUGCGUGGGGAGGUGGUAUCAUUCCUUUGAGAGCACAGAGACCGGGGACGGAUUCUCCUUCCUCUCGGAGAGUUAUGUACCAGCCAGGUCCUCAGAGCUGUGCUCAAAGCACAGAUGGCUCAGGGCAGGAGGAGCCAACAGAGGCUCGGGGAAGAUGGCUCAUGAUUUGAGCGUCAUUCUUGCUGUCUUCAGAAACAAGUCUCCAGAGCUGCAGCUGUUUCUGCUCUGGUUCUACCCUUCUCUCCUCUGCCUUGGCAGCCUGGACGAUGCCCUAGGAGAACUGGGCCAAGAGUUUUUAGGCAUGUUGUAGGCAGCAGUGCUCGGAGCAGAGAAGACCAAACUGUAUCCCGUGCAGGUUGGACUGAUGGGCAUGGGCAGCUGCCAGGGGGAGGCUAGCAGGAUGCUGUUACCUCCCUUGGGCUCCCUGCUGCUGUAAGGAAGAAAAUCCUUCUCCUUCCAUGAGGGCAAUGCUGCAGAGAAGGGCGUGAGAGCAGCGCUAGGCAAGGGCAGAGCUGGGACGGCAAGCCCUGGCCACAUGCUCCCUAGCUAGGGAAACGGUCUUUACACUGUGACCAAGCUCACAAUGACACCUGCAAUCAGACAUCUGUUUUUAAACACUAAUGCUGCUGAGUUGCAGAGGUUCAGGGUGGGGAGGGGUUUUUUUUUUUUGUUUUGAUUUGGUUUUUGGGGGGUUUUUUGUUUUUGUUUUUUUUUUUUUUUUGAGAGACUAUGAACCUCUUUAGGUUGUGUGUUUCCAGCCUUAGGGAGUAGCUAGAGAACGGUGUUACAGGCACUUCACAGCUCUGCGUCCAGGCUGGCUUUCCCCAGAUUCACUAGGUGAAUUGACUUAUUAUCAUAUUGAUAAUGUUGCCCAUCCCACCCAUGUCACUUGAGGUUCCCUUGCACCCCUGUGUCCCCUCUGCCUGCCCCAGACUUUAUCCUGCACCCAGCAGUGGCAAAUUUGUGGCUGUGUUGACAAACAGGAACUGAUUUAGGCAGCUUAACCUAGUGAGUAUAGCACCAGAUUAGGAUGAAGGAAUGGUGCUGACCUUGCUUUGAAAAAUGCUUUGAGCUCUGCAGAUCAGAACUACUGAGGCAUCCAGGGGUGGCUUGUCACUGAGUGUCAUCCUUCAUUCCCUGCCCAUGCAGGUGGCCACAAGGUGUACGUGAUGGGCUUAUGGCUGUCCUGCCACCUCGGCUCUGCGUGGCCCUGCAGCGGGAGCAGGGGUCGGGCCUGGGGCUCUCCACACCUUCCUUUCCACCCUUGUUGGAAGACAAAACAGAAGCUGUGCCAGUGUAUCCGCAGAGCUUUCACCCCCUUCUACCCCAGACGUAUCCUGCGGGAGGCUCAGCACCAUCUGGCAGCAGUGUAGCCUGGCUUGAUCACUGCCUGCUGGUGCCUGGUUGUAGUUCCCAAUUUGCCUUAGGUAAAAGCUGGAUUAUGUUCCUCUUAUGCUCCUAACAGUCAUCACUGAGUCCCUAGGUCUCUGUCUGUUGAAGUGUGGCACUGCCAGUAUCCCUGUAGUCCUGAGGGGAUCAGCACCUCUGGUCUCAGUGGUUUUGGCUAGGUCCCUUGGCACCCCAGAGGCUCGUGGCUUUAUACUGCAUCCAGAAGGUAAAAUACAGCGGUGCUGCUGGAAAUAUAUUGCCCUUGGGCCACUUGCUGCUCCAUAAGGAGGCAUUCAGUUGCUUUCUCAUGCAGAUGCCACCUUUGGGUAGCUCUGCUGAUCAAGUUGGCCAUCAGUGCUGCUGGAAAGAGAUGGCCUAUGGGUGUCUGCUCAUGGCAGAGGGUGCAGUUGGCCUCGUUCCCUCCCCUUGCCCUCCCAUGGCUGCUGUGGCACCUUCGAGGAGAGAUGUGCUCUGCUUUAUCCCGUGCAGCUUUGUCUCUUCUUCAUGUGGACAGUUAUUUUUUAAGUCACUCUUCUCCCUGUGCGGCUGGUCCGCUUUGAAGCAGUGUGGUCUGUUCUGGUAGGGCACCCCGGCCAGACCUGCAGCACCUCGUGGUCACUGCCCACGCUUUAGGUUGCUGCUGUGCUGUUUUCCUCAGUAGUCAGGAGGAAGUUCUCUACCUUUGGCUCCUCCUGGGGUUUCUUUGCUUUGUCCAGGCUCUAAGCUAGAUAGCUGGGAUUGUCACCUGAUGGCAUCUCUCUAAUGACUGCCAAGUAUCUUGAGGUGUUGCAGGUCUGUGGUGCUGUGAGACAUGCAGGCAAGGCAGUGAUCAGGAAAAGCUAUGUCCUUUGCAAUGGCUUCCCAGGACAAGUUCCAAGUUAAAGUUGAGAAAUGACAAGCCUCCUAUACAGGUGUUUGAAAGGGAGAGCUGCUACCUUUUCCUGCUGAGAGCUACAGCCCUAUCUGACUAACUCGAUGUGGAAAAAUUAAAUCCUUUGAAGGAUGGCAUGUGUGUUGCCUGUUCUUUCUCAAGGAAGUAUUUGGAAAGCACUGUAUCACUGGCAGCUUUCCACAGAGCAGAGGGCAGCUUUAGCGCUGCCAGGGCUAAGUCAUGUCUGGCAGGAGCUGUUCAGUGGUGCGCACAGAUGGGAAGGCCUUUGCACUGGAGUCGAGGGAGAAAAUCUUUUGAUGUUGUCCCCUGGGGACUAUGUCACCACUGCAGACUAUGGCUGGGAGGUCAUCUGUGUUUCAGAGAGCUGAAAACAUGAUAAGAACUGACACCUGGCUUCCUCGGAGCUGGUACAGGCCACUCGAUACGGCGUGGAGAUCGUGAGUCCGUGUUCUUCUCGUUUCAAGUUUAACCCUGUUUCUUGCCAACUGAGUCAACUUUGAGAAAUUUGCAACCCAGAGAUUCAGGGGGUGCGAAACCCCUUGGAGAAACAAGGCUUCUUGCCGAGAGAUACCUAAAAGCUCUCGGAAGGGAUUCUCCCAGCUGCUAGGGGAGUUUUGCUGGAUGGGGGACCCUUUCUCCACCGAAGGGCUGUGCGGGAGAGAGUGCCAGUCUCUAGCCUGGGCAGACCGGUACCAACUUUGGGGAAGGGAUGGAGCAGGUGGGAGAAUGAGAAGGUGAUAGCAAUUGAGCUUGUGUGGGGUUUUUAUCCAUGUUUCCCUUUUCUGUGUCUGGUUAGAAGCUCAAGUUCCAGCUCAGUAUUUUAAUAACUCAGGUGUUGUAAGAAAUACUUGUUGAAACAAAGAACAUAACUUAUGUCAUGUGAGGUGUAAAGUUAUUUGUAAAAAUCCAUAAAUAAAAUAUAUUCUGUAAUGACGGAGGA